AUGGAUAUUGCCCAUUUUUUGUUUGGUAUAUUUGGGAAUGCUUCCGCUCUGUUCCUCUUCUUGGCUCCAGUGAUCACAUUUAAGAGGAUUAUAAAGAACAGAUCCACAGAGAUGUUCUCGGGCAUUCCAUAUGUCAUGACACUGCUCAACUGUCUCCUUUCAGCUUGGUAUGGUCUACCUUUUGUGUCUCCCCACAACAUAUUAGUGUCAACAGUGAAUGGUACUGGAUCUUUGAUUGAAAUCGUAUACGUGCUGAUCUUCAUCAUAUUGGCAACCAAUAAAGAGAAGGCUAAAAUUCUUGGUCUCUUCACCUUCGUGCUCUCUGUGUUCUCUGCUGUUGUUUUUGUGUCCCUUUUUGCCCUUCAUGGCAAUUCCAGAAAGCUCUUCUGCGGCUUUGCUGCUGCAAUAUUUUCCAUUAUCAUGUAUGGCUCUCCACUAUCAAUUAUGAGACUAGUGAUCAAAACCAAGAGCGUGGAGUUCAUGCCCUUUUUCUUGUCACUGUUUGUGUUUCUCUGUGGCACUUCCUGGUUUAUCUUUGGUCUGCUAGGCCGUGACCCAUUUGUUGCAGUACCUAAUGGUGUUGGUUCUGCUUUGGGAACAAUGCAACUAAUAUUGUAUUUCAUAUACCGAGACAAUAAAGGUGUUGCAAGGAAACAAGCCCCCACAGAGGAGGAAUUCAUGGAGAUGGGGAAUGCAAAGCCUCGACAAGGGAAGCAAUCCAGUGCAAAUGGAACUCAAGCAUGA